CCCGCCAAUUUGGGAGAGAGAGAGAGAGAGGGAGAGAGGAUAUGGCGGCAUCAAGCAGUUGCUUCCUCAAUCUCCCGGCUGCCGCUCCAUCGCCGCCUUCUGCCACGUCUUCCCACCCACCAAAGGCUUUCGUCGUUGCACGGCCGGAGAAGGGGAGAUCAUGGCGGAGCCACUGCGUGGUGGCGGCGGCGUGCAUCGUGAUGGGGCUUGAAACGAACGGCCUAAUGGGCGGCGAAGGCGUAGCCGCCGCAGGGGAGAGCAUCCAGGCGGCUGUGGUGGAGUCCAAGAAGACGGGCACCAGAUGGAGCGAGAAGAGAGCAUGCCCGCCUUGGCGAGUGAACUCGCUGGAAACCAUCGUGCCGGAGAACCUACCGCGGCCGUCGGCGCGGCGGAGGUGGGAGGCGGUCGGCCAUACGACGACUGCUCCGCCGGUGAAAACGGGGGCCGGAAGUGGCGGCGGUGCUAUAAUUAAUUGUUUCGCCUUGUAGAAGUACUUAAUUGUGACGAAAUUAAGGAUGGCGUGAGAUCGUCGUAUAUCAUAAUAAUGUAUAGACAAAACCAUAAAAGUUAAAAAGAGGUUUACAAGUGAGUAGUGAUUACAAACAAUGCAAUUGUGGAAUUGUUUGUUUGGUUUGGUGUGUGUGAGUGUGAAUUAGUGAAUGAAAAAUGUUACUUUGUUCGAA